AUGUCUACGAGUGGGACUAUCGAUAUUCUUAAUCAAAAGACCAUAACUUCUGAAGUAGCUGCUUCGGUGACUUCAAAAUAUUUGCAAAGUACAUUUUCGAAAAGUAAUACCAGUCAUAUUGAAGAUGAAAGGUUCAUUCAUGUCAGUUCGCGCUCUCAUUCAAGGUUCACUUCUACCCCAAUAACCCCAAAUGAAAUCCUUUCCCUAAAAUUUCACGUAUCAGGCUCAUCGCUGGCGUAUAGUAGAAUGGAUGGCUCUUUAACCGUUUGGUUCAUCAAAGAUGCAAGUUUUGACAAAUCUGUUGAAGUUUAUGUCGCGGACUGUUGUGGUUCCGAUAAACUGGCCACUGAUUUGUCUUGGAAUCCUACUUCUUUAAAUCAAAUGGCGGUCGUGAGCAAUUCAUCAGAGAUAUCCUUACUAUUAAUCAACGAAAAAUCUCUAAAGGCGUCCAGAUUGAGGACCCUGUCAUUGGGAAGCAAGACUAAGGUUAACACUUGUCUUUAUGAUCCAUUAGGAAACUGGUUGUUAGCUGCUACUAAAUCUGAAAAAAUUUACUUGUUUGAUGUGAAAAAGGAUCACAGUUUAGUUUGUUCUUUGAAUAUUGGCGAUAUAAGCCCUGACGAUAAUGACGUCGUGUAUUCUUUAGAGUGGAGCAAUAAUGGAAAUCAUGUAUUCGUUGGCUUCAAGAGCGGUCAUUUGGUCAUUUUGAAAGCAAAAGAUGGUAUGUUAGAAGUUUCUACCAAAAUUAAGGCACAUACUGGUCCAAUAACCGGUAUCAAAAUGGACCCAUGGGGAAGAUACUUUAUUACUGGUAGUAUUGAUGGUAAUUGUUACAUCUGGAAUUUGAAGUCGCUAUGUUGUGAAUUAAUAAUUAAUGAUUUGGACUCUGCGAUAAUAACAUUAGACGUCUGUCAUUUGGGUAAAAUACUGGGAAUUUGUACUGAAGAUGAAAUGGUGUAUUUCUAUGAUCUUAAUAGUGGUAACUUACUUCAAUCUAAAUCUUUAGCUAAUUACAAAACCGAUCCCGUUUUGAAGUUUUAUCCUAAUAAGUCAUGGUAUAUUAUGUCAGGCAAAAAUGACACAUUAUCGAACCAUUUUGUAAAAAACGAGAAAAAUCUAAUAACUUAUUGGAAAGAUAUAUUUGAUAACACGAUGAUUGAAAAACGUAGGAAAAACAACGGCGGCGGUAACAAUCAUAGCAAAAGGACCACUAAGAAUACUGAUAGGAUUGGCAAAGAUAGGAUUGGCAAAGAUAGGCCGAGUAGAUUCAAUUCAAAAAAAUAG